UCAGCGACUCCUGGCUGUGUUUGGAAAAUUAAUUUUCAUUUCGAUGUGCGAAGAGAUAUGUAUUGUCCCGAGGCGUUAGAUCGAUUAAGACUACCUCUAACGCGAGGUGGUGGUGGUAUUGAUUUCAAAGAACAUUUCAGAAGGGGUGUUAGUGUUGAAACAUUCUCAGAGUUGAUCACUGGAAGCGGUUUGGUGAUGUCACCUGAGGUCACGUGGAUAACAGUCGGAGGGGCUUUCCUAUUCGCUGGCUUAGUAAAAAUGCUAACGGGCUGUCGGGAAUUGCCGACGACCGAGGAAGAGUUCUCUGAGACCUGUUAUGAGUAUUUUCCUCACAUAUGGGAUAUGAGAGUAUGCAGGGGAUGUUCACCGAAGUGUGGUAUGUCGCCACGAAUACCCUUGCACGCGUGCGCAUCGGAAAUGGCGAUUUUGGAAGCAUGUGGGUCGUCGUCUGCGAGGGUAACUUCGCCGACUUUAGCAAUGUUGGAGGUAUUUUUUCGGUAUGUUCGUUUUGGGGGUAGAGCUACAAGUGCUGUGGAUGAUUGUUCAGUGUCGUC